AUGGUACCAACUCCAGAGCAAAACAUUUCCACCGAGCUCCAGUUCCCAAGCUUCCUUACACAACUUAAAGCACCACCUUCUUCAGAGGACCCAAUGCGUCUAGAGGAACAAUGGGCGUCACCUACAAGCAUCGCUACAAAUCCAACCGCUGGCACGCCGGCCACAUCGCAGCCUUUGCCUAGCUUUACGCUUGACCAACAAAGUAGCAAUUGCUAUGGUACAAAUUACUUGCCACCUCGACCGCCCAACAGCUCGGCCACAGCGAUUGGGUACUAUACGCAGCAAUUUUUACCCCCACGUGACCCACAAUCUACGUCGACAGCGCCAUCCUGGAGUGCUCCAAUCUACAGAACUGGUACGUCAAUGGUGCUUGGUGAAUACCUUCACUCGCAGCAUCCUCCUCCUCCUCAACAGCCGUCACUUCACCCGUUAGUGCUUCAACAUAGCGAGCCGAUGCCGCGUUCGAACGACGAGGACCUUGCAAUGGACGCGCAGAUGCUACGCGAAGUGCUCCAGGAAAUGCCUACAGGUCAAAAUCCCCCAGUCCACGUGCACGCGAAUCAAGCGACGCUGGGGCGCGGGCAGCAAAUGCCCGGACUCCAGCUCCUGUUUGCUUCACCGGAUAUAAAUGCCACGUCGUCUCAGCCACAACCAUUUGGCUUCUACAGCAACGCUAUGGGCAUGACCACAGCUUCAGCAGACAUGCUGCUUACAAUGAGCCAAAGCCAAACGCAGACAGCAAUCAACUCGGCUCCCGUCGCACCAAUCUACCCGUCAAUACAGAUGUCUAACCGCGCCGUGCUAUCGGGCACGUUACCGUCACCAACCGCCAUGCUUGGCAUGAGUGGAGCUUAUGAUCCGUCGGCCACAUCGAUGGUACCGCCGCCGACUCUGGCCCGCAAGAAGCGCACGUCAGCCACUCGUAUCUGCAAGGUAGAGGGCUGUACCAAGGGCAUUCGCUCGCGCGGAUUAUGCAAGGCACACGGUGGUGGGCGACGAUGCACGACUCCAGGCUGUACCACAAGUGACCAGGGAGGCGGCCAUUGCGUCUUGCACGGUGGAGGGCGUCGCUGUCGCAUUGAAGGCUGCAAAAAAUCAGCACAAUGGCGUGGCGUGUGCAAGAUGCACGGUGGCGCUCGUCGUUGCCGCUACGGUCAAUGCACCAAGAAUGGUCAAGUGAAGCAGGGCUACUGCCGGAUGCACCAUAAUUUGCUCACAGCUCAGCGCCAACAACAACAACAACAAGGUCAAAUGCAAGCUCCACAGCUACAGCGUUUACAGCAGUCUCGACCUCCUGUCACUGGAGCGCUCGUCAAACUCUCGGGUGACGGCAUAUAA